UUUAAUUCUUCUUCCUCUAGGUCACUUGGUAUUCUUGACUUGAUAAAAACAGAAAAUAAUUCUAAAGUGACUGAAUUUGCUCUUCUGGGCCUAUCAUCCUCCUGGCAGCUGCAACUAUUUCUCUUCUUAAUAUUUUUGUUGUUUUACAUGGCUAUUAUUCUGGGAAACCUAUUGAUAGUGCUAACAGUGAGAGCUGAUGCUCACCUGCUCCAGACUCCUAUGUACUAUUUUUUGGGCUAUCUCUCCUUCAUUGACCUUUGCCUGAGCUGUGUUACUGUGCCCAAGAUGUUAGGGAAUUUCCUGCAGCAGGACAAGAUCAUUUCACUUUCAGGAUGCUUGGCCCAGAUCUACUUCCUGCACUUUCUGGGAGCCAGUGAGAUGUUUCUGCUGACAGUCAUGGCCUACGAUAGGUAUGUCGCCAUAUGUAACCCUUUGCACUACCCGACGGUCAUGAACCGUCCACUAUGCUUUCAGCUGGUUUUUGCUUGCUGGUGUGGGGGUUUCAUCCACUCUAUCACACAGGUCACCCUGGUCAUCCAGCUGCCCUUCUGUGGCCCCAAUGAACUGGACAACUUCUACUGUGAUGUCCCACAGGUCAUCAAACUAGCCUGCAUGGACACAUAUGUGGUAGAGGUGCUGAUAGUCUCAAACAGUGGUCUUCUCUCUCUCGUCUGCUUCUUGGUUUUGCUGUUCUCUUAUGCUGUCAUCCUGAUCACUCUGAGAACUCGCUUCCACCAGGGCCAGAGCAAGGCACUAUCCACAUGUGCCUCCCACCUGACAGUGGUCAGCCUCAUCUUUGUGCCAUGUGUUUUCGUCUACCUGAGGCCAUUCUGCAGCUUUUCUAUGGAUAAGGUACUCUCCGUCUUUUACACAGUGAUCACCCCUAUGUUGAAUCCCCUCAUCUACACACUCAGAAAUACUGACAUGAAGACAGCCAUGAGGAAGCUGAGGACAAAGCAUAUGUCAUCCUUCUGCCAUAUUAAAGGGUGA